CUAAAUCAAACUCUCCAAUCUGGUCAGCCAAUUUCUCGGACAACUCAUUUCUUGAAGCGACGACUUUUUCUGAAACUAUUAGUUCCUCCCCUUUCUGUGUCUCCGCUUCGAAGGGAAGUGACAUGGGCAACGGCAAAUUCAUUUGAGCAGAAAUUUGUAGUCGAAGGCAAAAUGGGUUGUGGGAAUUUGUUCUUCUUGGUUCUGGUGACCUUCUCGGUUGCUCUAAUUACCUACAACAUCAUCAUCUCUGCAAAUGCCCCUCUCAAGCAAGAGCUUCCUGGUCCCUCAAGAUCUUCCCCUUCCAUUACCGUGGACCCUGUGAUUAAGAUGCCGCUGGAUAGAUCAAAAACUUCUUCCUCCAAGCGACUGUUCCACACGGCCGUUACUGCCUCGGAUGGGGUGUACAACACUUGGCAGUGCCGGAUCAUGUACUACUGGUACAAGAAGUUCAAGGACGGUCCUAAUUCUCAGAUGGGUGGCUUCACCAGGAUCUUGCAUUCUGGGAAGCCCGAUAAGUACAUGGACGAGAUUCCCACCUUUGUUGCUAAGCCUCUGCCGGCGGGGAUGGAUCGGGGCUACAUAGUCCUCAACAGGCCAUGGGCGUUUGUGCAAUGGCUUCAACAAGCGGACAUCAAGGAAGAUUAUAUACUUAUGUCAGAGCCGGAUCAUAUCAUUGUCAAGCCUAUACCUAAUCUGGCUAAGGAUGGGCUUGGGGCUGCAUUUCCAUUCUUUUACAUCGAACCGAAGAAGUACGAGAGUCAACUUCGGAAGUUCUUCCCAGAGGACAAGGGUCCGAUUACCAACAUUGAUCCAAUAGGGAACUCACCUGUUAUUGUUGGAAGGGAGUCUCUCAAAAAAAUUGCUCCCACUUGGAUGAAUAUUUCCUUGGCAAUGAAGAAGGAUCCUGAGGCAGAUAAGGCUUUUGGCUGGGUUCUUGAAAUGUAUGCUUAUGCUGUUGCAUCUGCUCUACAUGGUGUUGGUAACAUCCUGUAUAAGGACUUCAUGAUUCAGCCACCGUGGGAUAAAGAAGUAGGUGAGAAGUUCAUAAUCCAUUAUACUUACGGAUGUGACUACAAUAUGAAGGGAGAACUGACUUACGGGAAGAUUGGAGAAUGGAGGUUCGACAAAAGAUCAUACGAUGCUGUCGUACCGCCGAGAAACCUUCCCCUCCCACCACCCGGCGUCCCCGAAAGCGUGGUGACACUGGUGAAAAUGGUUAACGAGGCCACGGCAAACAUUCCUAACUGGGGAUCUUGAGAAAGUUGUACUAAGAAGUGCUUGAAAAGUGUAAUUUAAUUCUCCCACUAUAUGAAAUACGUUUUUGAAUAUGUAUCGAUUUUCUUGUACCUGGUUGGCAAAGGCAUAGGCAAUGAAUUAAAUCCCUGUAAAACGUUGUUUGGUUUUACUUUAUAGUGAAAAAUAAAUAGUUUAGCAUUC